CGUAUGUUCCUGUGACGCAGGGAAAUUUUAAACUCUCGUCCUUCUCAGUGAUGGCGGCUUCGUUUCGUUCUCUCCCCGCAAGCUGUAAUAACAAAUGGUACUACACCCGGCAGCAGAUCGACAACAACCCAUCUCGGCGAGCGGGACUCGACCCGGACAAGGAGCUGUCCUACAGGCAACAGGCGGCCAACCUGCUCCAGGACAUGGGCCAGCGGCUCAAUGUGUCCCAACUUACGAUUAAUACAGCCAUUGUGUACAUGCAUCGAUUCUACAUGGUCCAGUCUUUCACCAGAUUUCACAGAAAUGUCAUUUCUCCCGCUGCCCUCUUCCUCGCAGCUAAGGUGGAGGAGCAGCCCCGGAAGCUGGAGCAUGUUAUCAAAGUGGCCCAUGCAUGCCUCAACCCUCAGGACCCGUCUCCAGAUGUACGCAGCGAUGCCUACCUGCAACAAGCCCAAGACCUGGUCAUUCUUGAGAGCAUUAUACUCCAGACCUUGGCUUUUGAAAUCACCAUUGACCAUCCACAUACUCAUGUUGUCAAGUGCACUCAGCUUGUCAGAGUUGUUCCAGCGAGUAAGGAUCUGGCCCAAACAUCAUACUUCAUGGCUACCAACAGUCUGCACUUAACCACGUUCUGCCUGCAGUAUAGUCCGCCAGUCGUGGCCUGUGUGUGCAUCCACCUCGCUUGCAAAUGGUCCAACUGGGAGAUCCCCGUGUCCACAGAUGGCAAACACUGGUGGGAGUAUGUUGAUCCCACAGUCACCCUGGAACUGCUCGAUGAGCUCACACAUGAGUUCCUGCAGAUUCUGGAGAAAACUCCCAGCAGGUUGAAACGGAUUCGCAACUGGAAGGCUGGAGGUCAGACACCCAAAGCCAAGCCUAAAGUCCAGGAAGACGGUGACCAGAGGGACACCAUGAUGAGCAUGAUCUCCAUGGCUUCAUCCGAGAGUACUGUUGCAGGUUUGAUGAGCCUCUCGGCUCCGCCAUCUGCCUCAUCUUCUUCAUCUUCGGGUGAAAAGGAGAGGGGCGCGUCUGGCAGUGCGUCGACUUGGAGUGGAAAAGGUCAGGCUGUAGCUGAACAGCAGCAGCAGGCCAACAACGAGGUCCAUGCCCCGGCUAAGGUGUCGCUGAGUGAGUACCGCGCAAAGAAUGCUGACGUCCUGGCCGCCCAGAAGAGGAAGCUGGAGAACAUGGAGGCUAGUGUGAAGAGGGACUACGCUAAUGCUGCCCAGGCUCUCAUUGGUCAGCAGCAGAGGAAAGAGAAGCAGCAUCAUCACCAGCAGACGAGCUCCUCCUCUUCUGACAUGUCUAGUCCUUCGCCCAUUAUUCUGAAAAUCCCCCUGGAGAAGGACAGACAUGACAGGGGCUCUCUGAAAAUGCGUUUCCCUGUAGCAGGGGGCGGAGGCAGCGGGCACGGCAGCAGCGCCCGAGGUCAGGAUCAGGACAUUAAAGUCAGAAUACGAGUGCCUGAGAAACAAAAGGGGAGUUCGGGGGAGGAGGGCAAGAGCAGGGACAAGCAUAGGGACCGGUCUAAUCAUCACCAUCAUCAUCACCACCACCAUCAUCAUUCCUCCUCUGGCAGUGCCUCACUUUCCUCUUCACAUAAACAUUCAUCUAGCUCUAGCGGAGCAGUAGGUAGCAGCAAAAAAGUCCCCAGCGACUCCUCCAGAACAAGCGCUUCAUCCUCCUCCGCAUCACGCAAGAGGACACACUCCCAGGAUGCCGCAGCAGUCUCCCACCCUGCCACAAAAGUCAGCAAGUCCUCUAGGAAUCCCUACCAGCUACCGUCCUUGUCUUCCUCCUCUGGGCAAACUUUGGGGCAAGGUCCUGACAUUCUCCCCGCUCUGGGCCUGCCCCACCACCAAGGGAGCUACUCGCACACCAAAAGCGACAAGACGGACACUAACGGGCACGGCACAGCAGGCGGAGCCCAGUCGAACGAGUACCAGGACACGUUUGAAAUGCUUAACUCUCUUCUGAGCGCGCAAGGGGUCCAGCCAUCCCAGCCGUCCAUGUUUGAGUACAGAUCCCAAUAUGGGGAGUAUCGGUACAGCGGCGGCUCGCGAGGGAACAGCGCCAGACCACCUCCACUGCCUUCAGACCCACCUCCACCCCUUCCCCCGCUGCCCAAAUGAGUUCCCGAUCAAGAGAUGUUAUGUACAUUAUGCUUGACAUCACAAAACACCCAUCUUGUUACAUCAAGUAUUUCUUUUUUCUUUUUCUUUUUGACUCAACCAAUGUUUUUUUAUUGGGCUUCGGUGUGACAGCAGAGAAAUGUUAUUGUGAGACAAAG